CGACCCACUGUAGACAUGGUGAGCGAGACCUCGGGGCCGAGCGCUGGGCUCCCCUGGCGGAGAAGGGACGAGGCGCUGCGCGUGAACGUGGGCGGCGUGCGGCGGCUGCUGAGCGCGCGCGCCCUGGCUCGCUUCCCCGGGACGCGGCUGGGCCGUCUGCGGGCCGCGGCGUCGGAGGAGCAGGCGCGACGCUUGUGCGACGACUACGACGCGGCGGCGCGUGAGUUCUACUUCGACCGGCACCCGGGCUUCUUCCUGGGCCUGCUGCAUUUUUACCGCACCGGCCGCCUGCACGUCCUCGACGAGCUAUGCGUCUUUGCCUUCUGCCAGGAGGUCGAAUACUGGGGCCUGGGCGAGAACGCGCUGGCCACGUGCUGCCGCGCGCGCUACCUGGAGCGGCGCGUGGCAAGGCCGCGCGCCUGGGACGAGGACAGCGACACGCCGAGCAGCGUGGACCCGUGCCCCGACGAAAUCUCGGACGUGCAGCGAGAACUGGCGCGCUACGGGGCUGCGCGCUGCGGCCGCCUGCGCCGCCGCCUGUGGCUCACCAUGGAGAACCCCGGCUACUCGCUGCCCAGCAAGCUUUUCAGCUGCGUCUCCAUCGGCGUGGUGCUCGCCUCCAUCGCCGCCAUGUGCAUCCACAGCCUGCCCGAGUACCAGGCCCGUGAGGCGGCGGCCGCUGUAGCUGCGGUGGCCGCGGGCCGCAGCGCGGAUGACGCGCGGGACGACCCAGUGCUGCGACGCCUCGAGUACUUCUGCAUUGCCUGGUUCAGCUUCGAGGUGUCGUCGCGCCUCUUGCUGGCACCCAGCACGCGCAACUUCUUCUGCCACCCGCUCAACCUCAUCGACAUUGUGUCCGUGUUGCCCUUCUAUCUCACGUUGUUGGCCGGUGUGGCGCUGGGUGACCAGGACAGCGGGAGUGGUGAGGAGCUCGGCGACCUGGGCAAGGUGGUGCAGGUGUUCCGCCUCAUGCGAAUCUUCCGCGUGCUCAAGUUGGCGCGCCACUCCACCGGACUGCGUUCCCUGGGUGCCACGCUCAAGCACAGCUACCGUGAGGUGGGCAUCUUGCUGCUGUACCUGGCCGUGGGUGUGUCGGUGUUCUCCGGUGUGGCUUACACAGCCGAAGAGCAGAACAUAGGUUUUCACACCAUCCCAGCCUGCUGGUGGUGGGGCACUGUGAGCAUGACCACUGUGGGCUACGGGGAUGUGGUGCCAGAGACAGUGGCUGGCAAGCUGGCAGCCUCUGGCUGCAUCCUAGGGGGCAUUCUGGUGGUGGCACUCCCCAUCACCAUCAUCUUCAACAAGUUCUCCCAUUUCUACCGGCGCCAGAAGGCUCUGGAGGCGGCUGUGCGCAACAGUGGCCACCGAGAGUUUGAGGACUUGCUGAGCAGCGUGGACGGAGUGUCAGAGGCAUCUCUGGAGACAUCCCGAGACACCUCUCAGGAGGGACGGUCUGUAGACCUGGAGACCCAGGCCCAGAGUGAGCCUCCAAAUACUCAGAGUUAUUAAAAAUUAAGGUCUCUGCAUUCUCUUCCACCCCAAGUCAGCUGAAUCACA